AUGACUCUACUCGGGUGGCUUGCGCUAUGCGUAGCGCCCGUGGUGUUCGCCCACGAGGUCUCUUCGCCCCUACACAAAGCCGGCCUUUGUCACUCACCAUUAUCACGCUCAUUCCCACUGCUUUCCACCCCGGUAUGCUCCAACGACACGCUCAUCACCAAGUACCUCCCGGGGGACAGCCACAGCCCAGCCAACCGGGCAUGGACGAGAGCGUCGUCAUGCACGGCCAACGGCACGGCGGAGUACUGCAUCUUCGUGAGCUCGACCUUCGCCAACGGCCGGGGCAUAGCUGUUCUCACAAGCCCCGACCGGGCAGACUACAUCUCGAACCUCCCCGGCUUUACGGAUCCUGAGGUUCUGGCGCACGAGAACCGGGACGAGGACCCGGAGCUGUCCAAGUUCAAGAUGGUGCACGUCCCCGGCAAGGACAUGGGCGUGGUGGCGACGCAGCCGUUCCAGCGCGGCGACCACAUCAUGACCUUCACGCCGGCCAUCAUCAUCGACUACGCCAUGUUCGACGACCUGCCCGAGGCGGACAUGCACCGCCUGCAGGCCGAGGCCAUCGACUACCUGCCGUCGGACCUGCGCGGGCGGUUCCUGAACCUGUCGACCCACGACGGCGCGAGCGGCCACAUCGAGAGGGUGGACAAGAUCCUGCGGACGAAUGCUUUCGAUGUGGAUGUUGAUGACGAGAACAACAAUGGGCUCUACGUGGUGUUCCCUGAAAUUUCCCGGUUCAACCAUGACUGCCGGCCGAAUGCAGAUUACUACUUUGACCCAGACACGCUGGCGCAGCACAUACACGCUACACGGCCCAUCCAGAUCGGGGAGGAGAUCAGUCUCACAUACAUGGAUCCCAUCCGCACACGGGCCAAGCGGCAGGAGAAGCUCUCGCACGUGUGGGGAUUCCGGUGCGGGUGCUCGCUGUGCACGCAGCGGUCCGACAUGACGACGGCUUCGGACGAGCGGAUCCGGCAGAUCAAGCGGAUCCGGCGGCAGCUGGAGAACUACGAGGCCGGGUCGUCGGCGACACCUGAGAUGGCGGACCUGUUUGUCAGCCUGUACGAGCAGGAGCGGCUCAGCGGCAGCAUCUACGAGGCGUACACGUUCGCGGCCAUCGAGUGGAACGGCGCGGGCGAGCCGUGGAAGGCGAUGCGCUAUGCGCGGCUGGCCAUCGAGACAGGGCUCGCCAGCGCGGGUCCCAAGGACAGGGACGUCAAUGAGAUGAUCAGGCUGGCUGAUAACCCCUGGGCUCACUGGAGCUGGAUGCUUCGGACGAGUAAGAGGAUGAGCUGGGGCGCGAUGAGGCCAAUUGGGGGCGGCAUCAGUCCGGCCGACGACGAGGACGACGAUGUGUAG